AUGUCUUCUAAAAGGGUUGCGUUCAAAGUUCAUGGCUCCGUACAAGGUGUUGGUUUCCGUGACUUUACGCAGAAGUGCGCUACAGGCUACGGGUUAAUGGGUUGGACCCGCAACACCACCUGCGGGCGAGUCGAAGGUGAAGUCCAGGGUGAUGAAGAGUCGAUCAAGAACUUUAUGCAGCAGAUUGACAAAGGCCCCCGUAUGGCCCAUGUUGUCAAGGUGGAGAAGCGUGAGAUGGAACCCCUGGAUGGGGAAGCACAUUUCUCGGUGAUGAGGACUUCAGAGUCUAACUUCCACUCGGACGCCUGA